AUGACCUGCUGGUUGCUCUGGGCUCAUAACCUAUUCGAUCAACUCUACUACGUCAGCGAUGUAGUUAUAGCCAAGAGUGAUGAAUGCAUUUCAACAUACCUAUUCGAUCAACUCUACUACGUCAGCGAUGUAGUUAUAGCCAAGAGUGAUGAAUAGGAAGCUAACAAUAAGAGACCCGCGCGCCCCAAGUCCACAGCCAGCGAGCCUGGGGCUGAGCCAAUGGCCCAGGCUCGCUCCGCGCGCCUAAGUCCCAGGCUCGCUUCGCGCGCCUAAGUCCUGGGCCGGGGCGCCCGGCUCACUCCGCGCGCCUAAGUCCGCGCCCGGUUCGCUCCGCGCGCCUAAGUCCUGAGCCGAGCGGAGAGUGGAUUCCUCACAACUACUCCGCCGACCCUCUGGACCUCAUCGGCUCACAGACCCCGACUCGCCUUGGCCCACCGGACGUGCACCGCCCAGACUUCAGCACGUACCGUGAGCCCGCAUCGGCUGAGGAGUCGCCCGACGAACUCGACAUCAUUGGGCGUCACUCGCGCGAUGAAUCGCCGGAUGAAAUCGAUUUCCUCACCCAACACCACCGCGCCUUCAUCGCCACAGACGACGACGACCCCACCCUCGACGCCAUCGAGCCCGUCAAAUCGAUCACUAGCGACCCCCAGACCUGGCGCGAAGCAAUGUCCAGCGACGAGCACAACAUCUGGGCUGAGGCCGCCGCCGCCGAGUUCACCGCCAUGCGCGACGACUUCAAGGUGUUCACCAUCGAGCCUCGCUCAUCUGUACCGCCGGGCGCCACCAUCGUCACCUCCAAAUUCGUCUGGAAGACCAAGCGCAACGCAAGCGGUGAAGUCACGGGGCGGAAGGCACGUCUUGUAGCGCAGGGUAACCGACAGCGCGACGGCAUCGACUUCUCAGAAACCUUCGCACCCGUCGCCCGUUUCUCCUCCAUUCGCUGCCUCCUGGCUCUUGCCGCUGCCAAUGGCUACCACGUUCAUCAGGCCGACAUCGACAAGGCUUACCUCCACGGCGAGCUCGAUCUGACAGGCAACGUCGGAGGGGAUGACGAUGACUACACGCGAGAGACGAGGGAGAGAGCGAGAGAGCGCGCGAAAGCGCGAAGGAGCGAAAGGGGUGUCGACCGAGGCGGCGGCAGUCGACCGAGAGGCAACCGCGGAGGAUACGCGGCUGCAAGGCUCGCAGCAAGUCCAGUGUACCGAACUAUGGUAGCCAACGAGGUCGGACAGAAGAGGGAGGGCAAACGAUCCAAGAAAUAG